AAACUGGUGCAGCCAUGCCACUGACGGCUUCACAAGUUGCUGUAAGGAUGUGCAGGUACCUACCACUAAACAUGUAAAUUGUAAUUAAAACAUACCUCUCAUAUUAGUUAUUAUAUAUGCCUGUCCCAGAAUGAAGCUGGGAUUUGGUUUGGAUAUAAUUUUUUUUAAAAAGAUGGCGAAUCCAAUAAGCAGUUCUUUCCAAAGCAUCCCACUUUUCACCCAUGCCAAAAGUUGCAUUUCUUAGUAAAAAUUGUUGUAAAAAAAUUUGGACCCUCUGCUAUUAUUCAAAUAACGAGAACAUAGGUGUCAAACUUUCCCUAAAAUAAAGCCAAGUAAUGAAUUAUUUUCUCUUAAAGUGCUACAGCUGACAAUGAUGUCAAAGCUUACCUAAAAUAAAGCCAAGUAAUGAAUUUUUUUCUCUUAAAGUGCUACAGCUGACAACGAUGUCAAAGCUUACCUAAAAUAAAGCCAAGUAAUGAAUUAUUUUCUCUUAAAGUGCUACAGCUGACAAUGAUGUCAAAGCUUACCUAAAAUAAAGCCAAGUAAUGAAUUUUUUUCUCUUAAAGUGCUACAGCUGACAACGAUGUCAAAGCUUACCUAAAAUAAAGCCAAGUAAUGAAUUAUUUUCUCUUAAAGUGCUACAGCUGACAAUGAUGUCAAAGCUUACCUAAAAUAAAGCCAAGUAAUGAAUUUUUUUCUCUUAAAGUGCUACAGCUGACAACGAUGUCAAAGCUUACCUAAAAUAAAGCCAAGUAAUGAAUUUUUUUUCUCUUAAAGUGCUGCAGCUGACAACGAUGUCAAAGCUAUUGAAGCCUGGGUCACAGCUGGUGCAAGCCCAGAUUGGCAUGAUUAUGAUGAUAGAACACCUUUACAUGUGGUAAGCUGUUUGCAAUAAAUGAUGGUUAGGAACAAUGGCCGCAAUGUAAACAUUGUGGCGCACUGUAUCAUAAUCUUCAGGCCAUUUUCGAUUUAUGAACUUUCAGUUUAAAAACAUUGGCUAUUGGAACAUUACAAUUUUAUCAUGCAGGUUUUAAAAAAAAUCCCUUAUAUUAACUUGGCUUUUGUGUUUCAUUAUUUCUGUCUGGUCAUGUGGCAAAAUCUUUGGAAGGCUAAUUGACCCACUUCCUGUCAACCAAUUGAGCUGAAACUUGGCACAUAGACUCGUAGCCAAAGACAACACAUUCUAUCAAAGUUUCAGCCCCACCCCCAAAAAUUAGUCUUUCCUGUUUUCAAGGGCAAGAUGAAGGAAAUAUGAUGCCAUUGAUUGCACAAAAUAACAUUCUUGAUAACUGCACUAAAUAAGAUUCUUUUUAAAAAAAAAUAUCCCAAGUGCCUUUGGUGCGUAAUAUUUUCUUUUGUUUUCCCGAAAUAGUUGGUGUAAUAAAUCUGGGUUGUAAAAGCGGGUGGGUCAUUAGAAUAUUAAUAAAUUUCAGAGGCAUGAACAAAAUGUGCCAAUGGGGUGCGGAGCACUGAUUGGGAUUCUUAAUCUUAUAAAGUGUGUUCUUUGAAUGCAUGUUUUGUAAAAUGUUCAGCCCCCCCCGCCACCCCCCUUCCCUAUUGCUCGAUAUUACAUUUUUAUAAAGGAUUUAUACGAAAUUUUUAAAAAAUCAUCUUUCUUAAAACAAAUAAUGAUAUUCUUGUUCUCAUCUGGCUUACAUAAGUCUGCCUACAUGCUUCAAUUUUUAUCAUCCCCAGGCCAUAAAUCUGAAUAAUAAAGAAGUGACGGAGUUCUUGUUGAAAUGUGGGGCCCGCACUGAUGUACCCGAUGUCUUUGGCAACACACAGCGUGGCAUUGCAGAGAGACUGGGUCAUGAAGAUAUUCUGGCCAUUAUAGACAAGACUGGAUUUGAAGACACAGCGUAGCAUUUUUCUUAACAUGUAUAGUUUAACAAAAUAGACAAGACUGAGUUAGUAUUGUCAUUAGCAGACGUAUGAAAUUUUGUAGAUGAGUGAUUACCAUACUUUCCAGAUGUGUUCUUCCACCUGUAACUCCAAUUACUUUGUCUUGCCCAGUCAUGAAGCGCAUGUGUCUAACUGGAGAAUCAGUGG